AUGCCGGCGGGAUACACUUCCGUCUUCCCGCAGCUGUCGCGGGACUCGCUGGAGCUUGCGUCUCUAGCGAGUUCUAGCGGGCUCGCGGAUGAUGCAGCCUCCAACACCCCUUCCUCCCGACCCAGUUUCUCCUCCUCGCGCAAAGCCUCGACGACGGGCGCCGGCGGAUACGCCCCCAUCGGGGCCUCGGAGCAGGCGCGGUCCCAGGGCGGCGGCCUGGGCGGUGCGGCGCUGCUAGAGAAGCACAAGACCCUCACCUACCUAAACGGACUGUCGCUAGUCAUCGGCAUCGUCAUUGGCUCGGGCAUCUUUUCUUCCCCAGCCAAGUCAGCUCCAAUCUACGCGGAGCUGGGCGGCGCGAUACCGCUCAAUGGCGGCGCGCAAGUCUACCUAUCCAAAAUCUUUGGCGAGAUCGCCGGCUUCUUGUUCGCGUGGGUGGCCGUCCUCGUGCUCAAGCCGGGGAGCGCCGCCAUCAUCGCCAUCAUCAUGGGCGAGUAUCUCGUGCGCGCCGUCGUCGGCCCCGACGCCGAGACCAUUAGCCCCUGGGUGGCCAAGGGCGUGGCUGUGGCGGGGCUGUUGCUCGUCACCUUUCUCAACUGCGUCUCCACCCGCCUGGGCACCCGCAUCAACGACAUGCUCAUGUUCCUCAAGUUCGUCGCCCUGCUAGGUGUCACCAUUAUCGGCAUUGUCGUAGCCGCCACGGGCUUCUCGUCCUCGGGUGAGGCGAGCAGGGAUUGGAAGGAUCACUCGUGGUUCGACGGGACGUCCUCGGAUCCGUCGUCGUGGGCCCUAGCACUCUACGCAGGGCUUUGGGCGUACGAUGGCUGGGAUAACACGAAUUACGUUCUACGUGCUGGCCAACGUGGCGUACUUUUGGUGCUACCGCUCGAAGCCAUCAACGCCACGAACACGGUGGCCGUGAUCUUCGGCGCCAAGGUAUUUGGCAAGGUCGGGGCGCUUAUAUUUGCGCUCAUCGUGUCGGCGUCGUGUCUUGGCGCGCUCAACUCGUCGACGUUUACGUCGUCCCGCCUCAUCUACGCGGCAGGCAAGGAAGGCUACAUCCCCAUGUGGUUCAGCCGCAUCGGACUCCGCCAGGUGGACCGCCACCAGCUGUCGACGCAGCGCACGCGGGGAUGGUUCAUGAAGCGGCUGCACGCGCUCAUCGGGGACGAGGAGCACGGGCUCUUCUUCACGCCCAUCUACUCGCUCCUGCUCAAUUUUCUACUCACGCUGGCAUACGUGGUCGCGGGCGAGUUCUCCACGCUCCUCACGUUUUACGGCGUGGCCGGCUACACGUUUUACUUCAUCACGGUGCUGGGCCUCAUUGUGCUUCGGGUGCGCGAGCCGAAGCUGGAGCGGCCGUACAAGACGUGGAUCACGACGCCCAUCGUCUUUUGCUGCGUCAGCUUGUUCCUGCUCAGCCGGGCCGUGUUUGCGCAGCCGUUGCAGACGCUCAUCGUGGUGAUUUUUGUGGUGGCCGGCGUGCCGGUGUACUACUGGAGGAUCAUGGGCCGCGACGAGGUGGUGAACAAGAGGGAGAGGCGGAUGAGGGAUCUGGAAGGCGGGGAUGCGCCGUGGUGGAAAUUCUGGAAGAGGUGA